AUGGCUGACCCUUUUUCUUCUGACCAAGCCACUUCUGGCCCAGAAACAUAUGAAGGUUGGUUCGGGACGUGUUGGAUGAUAAAUGAUAAUAUUGCGGCUCCAAGUGUAUCAAUAACACUUGGAGAUGAAGACAAUGAUACAGACUGCUCUCUGAAGGAACCUCAGGUUACUUGUAAGAAUACUAAUCAAGGUAAAUCAGAACAAGUGAAAUCUCUAAAGACACAGACAUUGACUUCUGCUUUACAUUCCACUGCUGCACCUACUGAAGAUGUUGAUUCUCGAACCAUCUUUGUUAGCAAUGUUUAUUUUGCUGCCACGAAGAAUAGUCUUUCCCGGCACUUCAAUAAUUUCGAAGAAGUCCAAAAAGUGAUUAUUCCAACCGAUGCAACAACUGGGCAAUCAAAAGGGUCUGCUUAUAUAGAGUUCACGAGAAGAGAAGCCGCCAUGGAUUCUCAAUUGAGGGCUCUGGGCUGCAUGCAUGAUGCUGCACAUGGAUGA